AUAUUUAUAUUGUAUUAUUUCACUUGUUGCCACUACAAGAAUCAUGGGAAUUUAAUAGUUGUAAUGAGUACUGACAAUUCUAAUGCACUUUUCUUUAAUGGCAUCUCGGUUAAUUAUCGUUAUCCACCCAUCACCUUUUUUCACAUGAAAAAUAUAUUUGUCGGUAGUUUUGUUGGUAUCAUUGCGUUUUCAUACCACGCAUUCUUACCACUGAUCUAUUGUCAUAUUCGAAUAAGACGUCUAAUUAUAAGAUAAUUUUCAUCUAUUACAUUACCGUUGCAAAUGUAUAAUAACGGGGAUACCUUAUUCAAAAUUUUCUUUAUUUUCUUCCAUUAAUCUAAUGCCAUUAUCGCCUACCUCACCUCCCACACUGCGCGUCUCCUUCAUAAAUCAUCACGCGCAUACGUUCCCGUACAUGCCACACGGCCAAUCCAAAGCGUAUUUUUUUUGCAACCAAUUAAAAUUAUUUUUUAUUUAAUUUGCUGUAUUUUUGGCCCAAUCAAAUUCGAUUUUUAUUUUGGGUCUCGAAUCAACGCCAGCAACCUGUAAGAAUCUCAGAAUCCAACGACGAACAAGAACCAGGCCAAUAAGACAUGAACAACAGUAAGUGUCCUCCAGUCAAAAAGUUCCCCACAGAGGGGGAGCGAUACCAGCGACUCAGAGCUCUCCAAGAGAAGUUUACUUUAGAAUUCUCUCACAACCCACAGUUUUAUGUUCGAGCUCCUGGGCGAGUCAACCUUAUUGGUGAGCAUGUGGAUUACUGUGGGUAUGCUGUGUUUCCAAUGGCUGUAGAACAAGAUAUCCUCAUAGCUUUGGCAACCAACGACAUGGGAAAACUCAAUGUCCAUAAUAUUGACAAGGAUUAUCCGGAUUUUUUCUGCAAUGUCAAUAAUUUUGAGAUUCACAGGGAGCAGCCUGCAUGGUUUAAUUACGUGUUGUGUGGAGUGAGAGGGAUCAUGGAUGAAGGGGGUAUUGAAGGUCCUCUGGUUGGUAUGGACAUGCUAGUUGGAGGCAACAUCCCUCCCUCAUCUGGACUUUCUUCAUCUUCUGCCUUGGUAUGUGCUGCUGCCCUAGCUGUUGCACAUGCUCAUGGUAUUUCUCUGACCAAGGAGAAGCUUGCUGAAAUCUGUGCUCACUGUGAGACACACAUAGGAACACAAGGAGGAGGAAUGGAUCAAGCAAUUUCUUUCCUGGCAACUGAAGACACAGCAAAAGUAAUUGAGUUCAACCCAUUGCGUUCAACCUCAGUGACACUACCUCCAGGAGCUACAUUUGUUGUGGGCAACAGCUUAGCUCCAAUGAACAAAGCUGCGAACUCAAGUUUCAACUGUCGUGUCAUGGAAUGCCGACUAGCAACUCAAAUUAUGGCCCAAAAAGCAGGAUUAGCAUGGAAGAUGUACCAAAAAUUAGGAGAUCUGCAAAAAGUCUUGGGGAAGUCUCUUCCACAGAUGAUGACACUUGUCACGGACACAUUUGAGGCUCGACCAUAUGGAAAAGAUGAAAUUUGUGAGCUACUUCGCACAACUCCUGAAGAGCUAGAUCAGAUAACUCUUAGUGAAAACACCAGGCAUAUUCAAGAAUUCAAGUUACAUGACCGUGCCCUUCAUGUUUUUUCCGAGGCUCAUCGUGUGUGGCAAUUCAAGCGUGUGUGUGAUGAGCAAAACGAUACAGCUUUAGAAGAACUGGGGAGGCUCAUGCUGGACUCACAUAGGUCCACACAGCUACUAUAUGAGUGUUCUCACCCCAAACUUGACACUCUGGUUGAACUCUCACAGGGAGUUUCUCUAGGUGCACGAUUAACUGGAGCUGGUUGGGGAGGAUGUAUGGUGGCACUGGUCGAAGAGAAAUCCACAGAAGCAUAUAAGAAGAUGCUGCAAGACAGGUAUUACAGUCAGGAACCAGCAGCACAAGGCCGUGACAUGAACAGUAUUCUUUUUAGCUCUCGGCCAGGCUCUGGAGCUUGUAUUUUUGUGGAGUAAGAUAUGAAUUGAGGUGCUAUAGCUGGUAAACUGUGUUAAGGUUCUUGGGUCUUGUGUGCUAGUUUAUUUAUUAUGAGUGAUUUUAUUAGUUUGGUCUUAGUAUAAAAGGUAUACAGUACAUAUAGUACAGUAUUAGUUGUACUGUACUUGCUUUUCUUUACAGCUCUUUAUACUACCAGUGUUUUUCCUCUGUUACAGUAGUACGUAAUAGUAUUCAUUGGCCUACUUAGAUGUCCAUCCACUGUUGAGGAAAUAACUGCAUAACAGUGUCAGUACCUGAUUUACACAUUUUUUAUUUAAACUGCGGGGAAGAUUUAUUUUAAAGGAUGAGUGCCCGUGUGGGACUUUUAGUCUGUUGUAGAAGUAACAAGGUCUGUACACACAUAUACUAUUUUUAUUAUUAAGAUCCUGAUUGUUUUGCUUAUGAACAGUGUGUAAUGGUGAAGGGUACAGCUUGUAGUCAUGUAGAUAAAAUUUAUGAAUACCAUAGCAUAGAGUUCAUUGCACAGAGCUAAUAAUCAUUCAUCACAGGCUCAGGUCAUAACUGAGGAAGUAGUACAGGUAGUCCCUGAGUUACAAACCUCUGACUUGCAAAUACUCAUACUUACGAUCGAGAUCUCAGUACAGUAUAUUCAUUACAAAAAUCUGCAAUUAAAAUUAAAUUUUUUACUGUAACAUACUUUAUAUUGUUUAACAUCACUUUAUUUACAGUAUUUACAGGUAUUUACAUUAUUUGUUAUGUAUGAGCUAUUACUGUUGUUUUGUAUGGGCAGGGAUAUGUUUUAACCUAACCUAUGGAAUUAACACUGUUCUGAUGUACGAACAGGGUCCAGAAACAUAAACCCUCUCAUAACUUGGGGACUGCCUGAAUUUGUUUAAGAUUGCAGUUUGAAUGAGUAUCAUUAAUAUAAUCCUUUGCCCUCUGAAUUGUAAAAAGCCAGCUGGAUCAUAUAUUUACUCAAUAAUUAUACACCUUUUACAUUUAACUCAGACUUAUACUGUAAAUAACUCCAGGUCUACAUACGGUAGGUGAUGGCAUAGGUUACCUCAUGCAUUGUUUCAUAGGUCGUCACAGUUGACUUGGAAAAUACACCACCACUUCCAG